AUGGAUGAAAAUUUUAAUAAAUAUAUGAAUCUGUCGCAAGUUAAUAAUACUAAGGGUCUCCAAAUAAUGAAUAAUAUUCAUGAGUAUCCGCAAACAUGUGAGUAUUAUCAAAGUUUAAAUUAUGCUGAUAGUAGAUAUAAUUGUACAGUAUUUCAUGAAAAAUGUCCAGAUUUAACAAAUGAGAUUCCUGUUAUGAUAUCAUUUCUUUUAUAUUAUACAAUUAUAUUUGUUUUUGGAAUUAUUGGAAAUUUUAUUAUUGCUUGGUUAACUUUAAAAAAUAAGAGUUUACAAACAGUACAAAAUAUUUUUAUUCUUAAUUUAGUUAUUAGUGAUAUUGUAAUAUGUAUUUUUUCUGUUCCUGUUACACCAAUAACAUUAAUAUUUAAAAAUUGGUAUUUUGGAAGUUUAAUGUGUCAUCUUAUGCCUCUAGCACAGGCUUCAGCAACAUUUGUUUCAACAUUAUCACUUUCCGCCAUAGCAAUUGAUCGGUAUAUUCUUGUUGUUAAACCACAUACAACACCAAUAACUAUUAAAGGAGCAAGAAAUAUAGCAAUAGCUUUAUGGUUAUUUUCUAUACUUAUAUCAUCUCCUUAUGGUUAUGUUAUGGAUAUUGAAAAGUAUCCUGGUUUCUGUGGGGAUUAUUGUGAUGAACAAUGGAGUGAUGGAGUCAAACCAAUUUUUUCUUUAGCUGUCUUUACUGCCCAAUUUUUGAUUCCUUGCUUAACAAUGGCCUUUUGCUAUAUAUGUAUUUUUGCAAAAUUAAGAGCAAGAACAAAUGUUAAAUUAAAAAAAUUAACUGAACGUUCAUUAUUAUUAGAUCAAAUAUUAACAAGAAAUGGUAAUGAUGAUAUAUCAUCAGAUAAUAAAAAAAUUUCAGUUAGUGAUAAAAAAAGACAAACAUCAAUAGCAACAUUAAAUGUUGAUACAUCUACUUUUUCAUUUUUUGGUAAAAAAUUUUCUCAUAGUAGUUUAAUGAAAGAUCAAGAAUGUAAGCAAAUUGUAUAUCUUUUACAACAACAACGCCGUACAACAUCUGUAUUAACAUCAAUGGUACUUAUUUUUGUAUUUGCAUGGCUUCCAUAUAGUAUUUCAACAAUAUUGAUGGAUUUUAAUUUUGAUAUUUAUCGAUAUGAAGAUAAAUCUCAUAGAUAUAUUGAGUUAAGUUACUUUGUACAACUUUUAACACAUGGAAUUGCUAUGAUAAUGAAUAUUGCAAAUCCAAUAUUAUAUGCAUGGUUAAAUCCAAAUUUUAAGAAUAUAUUUAUGGCAGCAAUAAAAAGGAAGAAAAAUAGUGAAAAUAUUAAUAGGAACAACAUUAGGACAGGAAAUGAUGACCGUGGGACGGUUAUAACCAAAGAUAAAAAUGUAUACCAUUUAUAG